UGCCCUGCGCACAUGCACAUUCUUAGGUAUUCAAGAUGGCUGACACAGCCGCAACUGCCGGAGCCGGUGGCUCAGGAGCGAGAUCAGGAAGCAAGCAGGCCACCACCCCUGCAGACAACUACUACCUGGCACGGAGGCGGACCUUGCAGGUAGUGGUGAGCUCCUUGCUGACAGAGGCUGGGUUUGAGAGUGCUGAGAAAGCAUCUGUGGAAACAUUAACUGAGAUGUUACAAAGCUACCUUUCAGAAAUCGGGAGGAGUGCUAAGUCCUAUUGUGAGCACACGGCCAGGACACAGCCCACCCUCUCAGAUAUUGUGGUCACGCUUGUUGAGAUGGGUUUCAAUGUGGAAACUCUCCCUGCAUACGCUAAACGGUCCCAGAGGAUGGUCAUCACAGCACCACCAGUCACCAAUCAGCCUGUGACCCCCAAAGCCCUGACUGCUGGACAGAACAAGUCUCACCCACCUCAUAUCCCUAGCCAUUUUCCUGAAUUCCCUGAUCCCCACACGUACAUCAAAACACCGACAUACCGUGAACUUGUGUCAGAUUACCAGGUCCUUCGGGAAAAGGCUGCAUCACAGAGGCGUGAUGUGGAACGGGCACUUACUCGUUUUAUGGCCAAGACAGGCGAGACACAGAGUCUUUUCAAAGAUGAUGUCAGCACAUUUCCAUUGAUUGCUGCCCGGCCAUUUACCAUUCCCUACCUGACUGCCCUUCUGCCCUCUGAGUUGGAGAUGCAGCAGAUGGAAGAGACUGAUUCUUCUGAACAGGAUGAGCAGACAGACACAGAGAACCUUCCUCUCCACAUCAGUACGGAUGAAUCAGGAGCAGAAAAAGAGAAUGCCUCUGUUCUACAGCAGAACACUUCCUUGUCAGGGAGCAGGACUGGGGAGGAGAAUCUUAUUGAUAACCCUUAUCUACGACCUGUAAAGAAACCCAAGAUCCGUAGGAAGAAAUGAAUUAAGAAUGAGGAUAUUCCAUUCUGAAUUUGUCUUCUCUGCCUUCUUGAAAGCAGGGAAGAAAUGAGUUAUUCACCAUUAAGCUUAGGCCUAGAAAGAGUCUCCCUAAGUUUAGCAGACAUUUUCCUUGUCUCUUUCUUUCUGAAUUUCCACAUUCCCACCUUGAGAUAUCUUAAAAUGAAGCUAUCUCAACUUUUUGAGAUCAGAUGACAUUAUCUUAGCUGUCCUUUCUCCAAUAGAAAUAACCUCUAGAAUGCAUUUGGCUAGAGGUCUCCCAUGGCCCUAUGGGUCACCUAGGAUUUCUCUUCUGGUUCCUCUUUUUGGAUGAAAGGAAAAAAACCUCAGUUGCAAAGGGAUGCACAUGUCCAUUCCCAUUCCAAGAUCCCCAGGAAGGAGAGGGCUGGGCAGCCAAACUGGAAUCCAGUUGUUAAGUGUUUGGCUUCCGAGAAACAAGUUUUUAAUAAUGAUGUCCCAUGCAGUCUGUAUUGUGGGAUAUAAGGAGAUGUAAUGAUUUCAUUUUUUAUUCCAAUUAAAACUCCUAGGAAACUAUUCCAGACAAUUCUUUUAUUGAUCACCAGCACUUCUAGCCUUGGCCUCAAGGAAAGAACCUCAUUCUAUGGCCUGUAAAAGCCUGAGAAGCCCAGGCUGAAGAGGAAGCUCAGUGGGUUGCUGAUUGAAUUGCUUUUCUGCUUUGAGCUCUAGCACACUCAAUCAGCCUUUGCUUUUUUUCCCUGGACAAAAGGGGAAGUCUUGUUUCUUUCCUCUGUAAUCUCUGUCUCCUGAACAAGAGGUAACUUCUGAGGAAGCUAUGACUAGAAUAUUCCAAAUUCUUCCUUUUCUCUUGGCCAGAAAACAGGUUCUCAAAGAAAAUUAUGCAUAAGCUGCUAAAUAUACUUUUGGCUAGACAUUAAUACAGAGAAUUUUUUUUUUAAUGCCAACUGAAAACUACUGGAUAGUCACACAUAUUUUAAAUGAAAGAAAUAGGGAAUCUCCUGUGGUAUUUUGCUUAAAAUCCUUUUGGAGAGACAGUCUGUUACCAUAAUAAUUUUAUUCUCUCCUUCCCUUUCUGAAACUUCUUUAUUAUCUACACUUCCUUUCCCUAAUAACUAAGAGUUCUGGGGCUGAUAGUGCUGCCCAUAAACUUCCUGAGCAGCUAUUUUAAUGGAGAGAUUCUUUCUUAAGAGAAAAGAGCUGUUUGUUUGCAAUUGAAGAGAAGUCUGCUAAUCAAAGUGUCUUAGGAGAGAAAAUUUUACAUUCUGACCCCAGCUUUCCAGGGUUGUCUAUAGCUAAAGUUGCAAUAUCUCUUUUCACUGAGAACAAUUUAAAAUUAUUUUCACAGACCUAUAGGCAUUUUUAAUCUUGAGUUGUUUUGAGCCCUUAGAGAUGAGCGAUGUGGUGAGUAUAGAGGAAGUUCACAUUUUGGAAGUGAGCACUGAAGAAGCUGAUGGGACAGAUACAUUUAAAAAACUUCUUUGUAGCUAGCUCCUCUCAAGAGCACUGGAAGAUGGUCACUGUGUUGUGUGUAGUUUUACUACUGUACUUGUACAUCUUAAUGCCAAAAAGCAUUUACCAGCACCUACUUAGAGGAGGUACUUGUUAAAUGGAGCUUCUUGUUACUUUUGCCAAGAGACCUGAGCCAUUAUUGCUGAAAUACCAUGUUCUGAGUUUUGCUGAUAAAAAUGGGUCCAUGUGAGAGAAUCUGGGGGAUGGAUCAUUUUCAUAUCACCCCUGACAAAAGGCUUGUUCAUGUAUCAUGUUGAUCCUGACUUUUUGCUGUUAUGUAAAAACUGUAUAUACACCCAAAUACUUAUUUGCAAGUUUUUAAUUUUAAUAAUUUGGAUGAGGUUUUUUGAAGGAGAAAAUAUGGCCAAAGCCAAAUGAAAACUGUUAUUUAUAUAUAUGCAUAAUAAAAAUCUGUGAUGUAGAUAGAAUGGAAUCAGAAGGUUAUAGCUUUGACUUAUUGUCAGGAAUUAUUAUGUUGACUAUGUUUGUGUGCUGUAGCUCAAAAUCCCCUUUUCCACCAUCCUUCUCUCUCUUCUUCCCAAUACUUUUAAAUUAGUCUCCUUAGGUUUUUGAUUUUUCUCUUUUCCUUGCAUUAUUUAAUGUCAUCUUUAUGUCGGAAUGAUUCAGCCAUUUGGACAAAUUCGGUAAGUUUAAUUCCUUUGCAGACUAGAGACUAUAAAUUCUCUGGGUACCCUAACAAAUUGGUACCAUGAUAUAUUAAGCGAUUUUGUAUUCGAAAUUAUACAAUGGUCAACCAGAAUUCAGUUCUUCCUCUCAUCUUAGGAUGAGUCACUACAGUUUAUUGAAAGAAUAAUGGAAUGAGUUAUGGACAUGAAACCAACAUACUAUUCAGGCAAGAAAGGAAUCCAGUAUCAUGUUCUGAUGUAGAGGAGAUCCUUUGUGCCUUCUCUUGCUCAGAGAUGGAUGGAUGAGAGCAUUUAUUAAGUGUUUUAUUAUAUGCUUGAAACCAAAUGAAACAAUCCCUGCUCCCAAGGAGUUUAUAUUCUACAGGAUACAAUUCGUUAUGUUUACCUGAAUACUUUACAGAUCUGUAGUUUAUUUCAGGAUGGAUAUUUUUCCCAUUGGCUAGACCAAAAUCUUUUUUCCCCUUUCUAAAAACUGAAUUAUUUUCCUGAUUUUCUUUUAUUCAGACUGAUAAAGAAAUUGAUUUUUAUUCCUUGAACACAGAUUAGCUGGUAGGAGUGGGGGAUAGGAGCCCAUAUUUAGGCAAGGGUAAGUAUAAACAUUAUUGAUACAGCUGACUUGAGAUUUAGAGAGGCAGCUAUGGUUUCAUGGAAAGAUCCCUGAACUUUUAUACUUACUAUGUGACCUUAGGCAAAUCAAUUAUCCUCUCUGAUACUGAACUGAAAAAAUGGGGGUGGUAAUACUCUGAAAACUUAAAUUCUAGGAUUGUUAGAAAAGUGCUUUGUAAAUUGUAAAGCAUUAUAUAAAAUGUGAAUUAAUUACAUCACUUAGAAAUAAAUUCCAACUAAAGGA